AUGCUGCGCGCGAGGCGCGCGGAGACGGAUGAUUGCGGUCGAACGCGACAGGAGGAUACGCGAGUGGAUGGAGGUUUGGCGGCGUACGCGCGCGCGGUGGAGGAAACGAUGGAGGCGUACGACGUGCGACACGCGCACGUGGACGCGCGCGCGAGGAUCGCGCUGCGGCACAGCGCGACGCUGGAAUCGACGAUACGGAAGCAAGAGGAGUCGUGGGUGGCGCUCGAGCGCGAACUCGCGGAAGUUUCGGGGAUGACGGCGAAGGUUUGGGAACAGAGCGAGUCGCUCAACCGAACGGUGGAGCUGCUGUCCGAGGUGGAGGAGAUGUUACUCGAAGCGGAGAUCGGAGCCGAGUUGGAUGCGUUGUAUAAACGACGAGACGAUGCAGAGGCGAAGGAUGCGGAGGCAGAGGCGGCGUUCCAGGAGGAAGUCGCACACGUGCUUCAGUUGCACGACAUGUUGGUGAACGACGCGAUGACGAACCAAGUGAGUUCGAGGACGACGGAGGAAAUCGCAGCCGAGCAAGAACUUAAGAAGAAACUCGCGAGUUUGGCGAAGAAGAAGAGUAAGGACGUCUCGGUUCUCUCGAAGGAUGAGUCCCUGAAGGACAUCGCUUCGUCGCUCGACGUCGCGUCGACCAUGUCCUCAAAGAUGACGAGCGAUUUGGACGAUUUCUUCAACGCGGACGCUGAUGGCGACGAACGUGACGCGUCGAGCGGAAAAAUGUACACGCUUUACGGUGUUCGCGCGCGUGCGGACCAGACGAAGGGGGCAAUUCUCAACCAGCCGCACGAAAUCAAGUCGGAAAAGUCCAUGGACGUCGGCGAAGCAGAACGCAUCGCACUGGCGAGAAAAGAGGCGCUCGGGAUCGCGGACGAAGACAUGCACGGGGUGAACUUGCGCCCGCCACCGCCUAAAGGUGGCGCGCAAGAUGGACCUUUGGAAGAAGCGCAAAGCCCGCGACGAAUCGUGAUCGAGGCGAAGAGCGUGAGCCAUCAAGUGAGCGAUACGCUGAAGAAUUUCAGCAUGGGCGGUAUUUGGGAAAGCGCGUCAGCUUCGACGGCGGCGGCGGCAGAACGCGCAUCUGCAGCCACGGCGGCAGCGACGGCCGCGGCGACAGCGGCGGCGGCAGCGGGCAAAGACGCGGUGCGAGCGUUACAAGAGCGCACGACGCGCAAGCCCGCCGUCGAAGCCGACGCGCCGACUUAUUAUAAAAAGGACGCGGGAACGUCAACUUAG